UUCUUGGUGGGUUCUCUAUGUCAUCAUCUUGGGCGUUGUACCAACAACUUGCAACCAGUGACACAUCUUAAUUUUAGGGGAGCUGGGUUUGGUUUCGACUGCUUCCGUUGCCUUCACCUGACACGAUCUUCGUUGUGGAUUUCACAGCCAUCUCGUCAAGCCGUUGAUUCGCUCUUGGCCAUACUCGGCCUGGCUGAGAUGAUCAUCAGCAUCGUGACUGCCUCUAUGUCCUGCUAUGGCGUUUGCGUGUGCUGCAACUCCUACACCCCAGUUACGGUGCAGUGCGUGCCUCAACCAGCCAAUGCACUGUUUGUACCCAUGACGACCAUGCAACAACAGCAACAAGCAGACAUGAAUGUGCAGAAGCAACUCCAGCAACAGCCCGUGCGGAUGCCUGCUGCCGCUAAAGGAACCUCGGCUGGCCCGCAGUGUGCGAGUGCGACCAAUUACAAUGUGGCCCCCACCCAGCAAGUUGCCAAUUUUCCCCAAGGAAAUGCCUGCGCUCCCCAACCCGUUGGAGGUCCUGCCAUUCAAGCACCGCAGCCUGUGAAUGUUGCCCCACAGCCGGCUGGCGUUGCUCCCCAGCAGUUGGUUGUCACUGUACCGGGCCAAGACCCACCGAAGAGGCCCGCUGGAGCCGGGAUGCAGACGGCCGAAGGACCGCAGGCGUUUGUUAACCAGGCAGGCGUUGCCGAAACCGGAGGAAGUGAGCAUUUCCAUCACGAUGACAAGAAAGGUCUUCUUGAAACUUCUUAA